GCCUUCAACUUGAUGGCGCGUGAUGACUUGGACGUGUUUUACAUUGUUUUUGAGAGGACGACUCCUUUCGAAUGGCACCAGCCCGUGUAUCGCGACUCCAUUGGUCGGUCUGCAGCAUUCCGUUGUUGUGUGAAGAAGGACCUCGCGUACGUUCGCAGCCCUGAAAUUGCUGACAUCAUAUCGAGGCAAAUGCUCCAUUCCUACGGAUUCAUCUACGCGUUGUUGAUGGACAAGAAGGCGACGUACGGAGUGCGUGCACGCUCAGACGUUUACUAUGCAAUCCCAGCACGUCGGGAAAAACGCAGACGCCCGGUUGUAUUCUUUCUGGACGAGGUUCCGUUCUUAGCAGACCCCAAGAACGACACCUCGACGCAGUAUAUUCUCUUCAUGCGGAAUGUGCUCCGGUCCUUCGACCUCACAGUCAUAAUGAGCUCUCGAAAUGGGCCGGGGAGGGACGUGGUUUCGACAGAAGUGGAGUCGCUGGAGCGUGACGCGCCACUCCGUUGCAUCGUGUUCCCGCUGUCCCAACAAAGUGAAGAUCCAUCCAUUGAAGCGGCGUUGAAAGUGCUGGUGAAGCACAGUCGGGCUCUGUCCGCGAAGGCGAUGGUGAACUAUGUCAAUCGCCGCCGUUGGUCCAGUAGCGUUAGUCUAGCCGACUAUAUGGACAAGAUGGUGGAAGCACUGGCGCGUCAAUUUCCAGCUUACAAAAACCCUUGGGGUUUCCAUGUCGGCCAGCUUUGUCUCUUUCUUCCAGCGAGGCAUAUCCAGGAUGAAAAAUGUCUCCUGGUUCACAACCACUUUGUGUGUCUGUCGGAAGAAGAGCCGUUCAAUCUACGCUACGUAUCGUGUGAGCUGCAGCCUUCCAGUCAAGAUCGCGGCUUUGGCAGAGGAUCGACGGACAAUUCGCGCGCAAGACUUGUGAAAGAUGAUUCAGCGGCUUGGACUAACGUUAGCAGCUCAGUGUUUCCGAAGGUUGAGAAAGACGUGCUGCUGUAUCUCUGCGCGAUGGGUGGCAAGUUGGUCCACCCAUUCGAGGCUGCUCCGUAUCCGCUGGUAUCAUUUCGCCAAGCAUUCCAAAGUGUACUGGAAGACGCCAAGUCAGUGUUAAGCCCCAUAUUAUGUUCGAGUAGCAGUGCAUAA